CUCCGCCCGCCCGCCGUGGGGGCGCCUGGGAAGAGGCGGAGAACAAUAUGGCGGAUGGCGAGGAGCCAAUGGCUGUUGAUGGUGGGUGUGGGGACACUGGAGACUGGGAAGGUCGCUGGAACCAUGUAAAGAAGUUCCUCGAGCGAUCUGGACCCUUCACACACCCCGAUUUCGAACCGAGCACUGAAUCUCUCCAGUUUUUGUUAGAUACGUGUAAAGUUCUAGUCAUUGGAGCUGGCGGCUUAGGAUGUGAGCUCCUGAAAAAUCUGGCACUGUCUGGUUUUAGACAGAUUCAUGUUAUAGACAUGGACACCAUAGAUGUUUCCAAUCUAAAUAGGCAGUUUUUAUUUAGGCCUAAAGAUGUUGGAAGACCUAAGGCUGAAGUUGCUGCAGAAUUUCUAAAUGACAGAGUUCCUAAUUGCAAUGUAGUUCCACAUUUCAACAAGAUUCAGGAUUUUAACGACACUUUCUACCGACAAUUUCAUAUAAUUGUAUGUGGACUGGACUCUAUCAUAGCCAGAAGAUGGAUAAAUGGCAUGCUGAUAUCUCUUCUAAAUUAUGAAGAUGGUGUAUUAGAUCCAAGCUCCAUUGUCCCUUUGAUAGACGGGGGGACAGAAGGUUUUAAAGGAAAUGCCCGGGUCAUUCUGCCUGGAAUGACUGCUUGUAUUGAGUGCACACUGGAACUAUACCCACCACAGGUUAAUUUUCCCAUGUGCACCAUUGCAUCUAUGCCCAGGCUACCAGAACACUGUAUUGAGUAUGUGAGGAUAUUGCAGUGGCCUAAGGAACAGCCUUUUGGAGAAGGUGUUCCAUUAGAUGGAGAUGAUCCUGAUCAUAUUCAGUGGAUUUUCCAAAAAUCCCUAGAGAGAGCAUCACAGUAUAAUAUUAGGGGUGUUACGUAUAGACUCACUCAAGGGGUAGUAAAACGAAUCAUUCCUGCAGUAGCUUCCACUAAUGCAGUCAUUGCAGCUGUGUGUGCCACUGAGGUUUUUAAAAUAGCUACAAGUGCAUAUAUUCCCCUUAAUAAUUACUUGGUAUUCAAUGAUGUAGAUGGACUGUACACGUAUACAUUUGAAGCAGAGAGAAAGGAAAACUGCCCGGCUUGUAGCCAGCUUCCUCAGAACAUUCAGUUUUCUCCGUCAGCUAAACUGCAGGAAGUUUUGGAUUAUCUAACCAAUAGUGCUUCUCUGCAAAUGAAGUCUCCAGCAAUCACAGCCACAUUAGAGGGAAAAAAUAGAACACUUUACUUACAGUCAGUAACCUCUAUUGAAGAACGAACAAGGCCAAAUCUCUCCAAGACAUUAAAAGAGCUGGGACUCGUUGACGGGCAAGAGCUGGCAGUUGCUGAUGUCACCACACCACAGACCGUGCUCUUCAAAUUGCAUUUCACUUCUUAAGGAAAAUAAACCUGCACACAAUAGAAAACUCAUGGAAAUAUAUUUCCUGGAUGCUAAGAAAUCUACUUGAUGUCAUUUUUAGCAUUAGUGUUGCUGGAAUUUGACUUUUUUUUUAAUAUAUAUAUAAUGAGUCACUCUUUUUUAACUUUAUAACUUUCCCUUGAAGACAGAAUUUUGGGGUUGGUGCUUGUAAGCAUUUUCAUUAAUAUGGAAAAUGGUGCCUGGAGGGAGAAGGAUUAUCAGCAAAUGGAUUGCUUCUUAUAGAGGAGGAGGCAAACACUGUUGUGUGUGACUUUUGUUACAGUCAAAGAAUGCAUUCUUCAGUUUUCACUUGCGCACCCACAUAUACACAAGAUGUCCCUUUUAAGAAAAUAAGAAAAUUAAGUUUUAAAUAACAUUAACUAUUACAACCUGACAUCUAGAGCAUAUUGAACAUAGGCUACUUCUUGCUUGAUUUAAUAGUCAUUUAAUUGUGGCUGUCCAAAUGAAUAUUAAUUAUUGCAAAAGUUACCUUGUCCAUAAUAAUUUGUAAAUGGUGUUAUAGCUGAAUACCUAUGCAUGGAAAUGGGAAAUAUUUUCAUGUGUUUACUUGCAGUGCCAUAGAGACCAAUAUGCACAACAUUAAAGCCAAGACAUGGAUGUUUAAAAGAAUUUAAUGUUUAAACAGUUAUCACUGAUGCUUUCGCACUAUUUAUUAAUAAAAUCAUAUAUUGUCUACUUUU